AUGGAUUCCGUUGGGAAUUUUCCCAGGUCUUUUGAUGAGUCGCUGACCCGCGAACUACCUCAGCUACAGAGUCUCCGCAUUGCUCCUCUUCGUCAACCUGCCUCUUCUCGUAUCUUAAGCAUUCCUUCGCCGCUUGAGCCUAAUGCCAGCAGUUUUCGAGAAUCAAAUUCCAUCUCCAAGGGAAAUAGUUCGGCAGGAAUCUUACCCGCUCGCAACAAUGAUUCCAGUGGCAGAACAACGGAGACUUCCAACCCUGGUCGCAGCAAGAAGAAUGACCCUUCGGUGGACAUGCUUCUAAGCCUCGAGCCCCCUCCCAAACCUAUUCUACCGUCCUUUGUCAACCUACGUGCCCUUGAGCGCUUCCCAUACUCUUCAUUUGAUGAUGACUCUUCCCAUGCUCGCAAACGCCGGCGUUUAGAGCUACAGACGGACUCUUUCAGUGACCACCUCCAGCUACCGAUUCCACAGUCACAGAAGGAACAGAGACCCCCACCUUUCGGCCCUUUUGCCAUUCUGAAUGGUCUAAAUGAGCCCCCGCCUAACGCUGCUCUCCUUCCCCCUAUUGAAGCCGGCUCUAUAACACAGCUUUUGACUAUUCCUUCGCGGGACUACUCAUACGUGGAACCAACUUUACUUACUUCUAAUUAUACCACAGAUAGCCAGAGCGCCGAGAGAAGGGAAGGAAGAAUUGAAGAAAUUUUAGAUCCUCCCAUUGUCGAGAAGACGACUGCUGGCGGCGACCGUGAUCUGGAAAGUAGUUUCGAAGAUGAUAUAGCUAUCGAUUCAAUUGAGCAUCAGGAGGAUGAAAUUGAUGCCUCCAAGGGUCAUCAGGCUUCUACGAAGGAGAAUAUCGAGCCAUUGCCGCCCAAGUCGAGAGGUCGUUCUCGAAGGAACCUUCGUAAAUGGACCGAGGAAGAAACCACGGCGUUGAUUCAUGGAGUCGUCAAAUGUGGGAUUGGUAAUUGGACGGCAAUAUUAGCGCAGCCUGAGUUGAAGUUUAACAAGCGGAGUGCGUCAAAUUUGAAAGAUAGGUUUCGUGUCUGUUGCCCUUGGGCUUAUCGUGCUGCCGAUCCCAACGAGGCCACGAAGAAACUGCGAGAUAGCCUUGCAGAUGCUAUGUUGCGCGCCGAAGCGGAAGGUUCAAGGGACAUAGCUGGGAAGAUUCGCCUUCUCAAUCUCCGAUCAACCAAUCUGGAAUCUCCUUCCGCUGAAGGGAGCUCAUCAAAAAGCUUGGAUAAACCUUCAUCCUUUAGUAGAUCUUCCCUGGCUGAAGCGGAGCAAGACAGUUCGACAUCUUCCGGCUUCAAACCAAACCCGUCGGCCGGGAAUGCCGUCAAUCUUUCUAAUAGAUCCAAUUCCACACUGGCUUCUCUCGGGAUCCCAGAGCCACAUUUUACCAUGAAAUCUCGGCGUCGUUCUCGGCACCCAUUCACAGCCGCCGAGGACGAAGCUUUACUAAAAGGCUAUGCUGUUCAUGGUUUCCAGUGGACUCUGAUUCAACAGGAUAAACGACUCAAUCUCAGCCAUCGCCGGGCCACAGAUCUGCGAGACCGAUUUAGGACCAAGUUUCCCCACGCGUAUCGUGAUGGGGGCUCUGUCAGCGGCAAAACUAUUCCUGACCAGCCCCAAGAUACAGGUUUUAAGGACGGUAAGAAGAAGCGAAGCUCACAAUCGUCUAAGCAAUCUUCUACCGUGGGUCGGACCAGCAAAGUUGGCGCGGAACAACCUACACGAGGGCCUAUAAAUCUUACAUUUUCGCCCCCUGCUCCUCCACAAGGCCUCCCCGACGGUCCAACGGGUGCACCUGCAACGGUAUUCCAAUUCUCGUUGGAUGACAAUCCUGCCAGUGCUCCUGAGGUGGACGCAUCAUGGGCGGAUAACACACUUGCACCUAUGCUUUGGGAUGAAUUGACUUAG